AUGGAGGACGGGCGCGGUGAUGGAGACGACGUGGCGCCGGCGUUGGAGAGUGAUUGGCGGGAAUUCCGAGCGCGAUUACUCGCGCGUGAGCGCGAGGCGACGCCCGAGGAGCGCGCGUCGGCGAUUUCGGAGGAGAAUAUGAAGGUGUUGGAGGCGCAGAACCCGAGGUUGGCGCAGGCGAAGCCGUGGGCGCACGUCAUCGCGGCGCCGGAGAAAGGGUGCUUGCUCGUCGCCGCCGAUCAGGAGUUUCGAAUGUCGCAGCAGUACUUUCAUCAAGCUGUGAUUUUGGUGCUCGAACACCACGAGAACGGGUCGAUGGGGAUCAUCUUGAAUCGACCGACGCAGUAUAACAUGGGGUACGUCAGCGGCGAGCCGAGCGGACCGUUCGCGGAGAACGCGUUGUAUUUCGGUGGUGACGUCGGCGACGGUACGGUGAGCUUUUUGCACGGGCGGGAGGAUGUGAAAGGGAGCGUGGAGGUCCUUCCCGGGGUUUACCUCGGCGGUUACGAGAGCGCGUGCGAGUUGGUGCAACAGGACGGGUCGACGUGUCACCCGGAUGAGUUCAAGUUUUUUGCCCGCUACUGCGGAUGGGCGCCGGGGCAGUUGGAGAGCGAGUGCGAGCGCGGUGUGUGGUAUCCAAUCGCCGCGGCGAAAGAACUGUCGCUCAAGCAAGUGAUUCAGCUCCCAAAACCGCUGUGGCGUGAAAUUUUGGAACUUUGCGGCGGAGAGCUGGCGGAUAUCGCCGCGCGCGCGUACCAAGACGCCACCGAUGAGUCGCCGCUCUCCGUGGAUAAUCUCGAUGAGGAAAACUGA